AUGUCGGCGUGUAAUAAUACUAAUAACAGCAACCUACAACCAACCCAACCACUAUCGAAUACUGCCUACUCUUUUUUCAAAGUUUCAAGAAUAACGCUCAUUAAAAAUAAUAAUAACAACAGCAACAACAACAACAACAGGGAGGUCGUCGUUUCGCAAAGAGAAGAAGGAGACCAAGUUGUCGUAGUCGUUGAAGAGGAACAAGAUCAAUUAACAACAACAUCAACAGCAGCAGUCGAACAACAACUUCAGCAACAGGUUAUCGAGGAAGAGGAAGAAGGAGGAGAAGAAGAAGGGACAUCGGUUGCCUACGAUCUAAUAGAUGAGAAAAUGAUAUCAACCAAACUCAAGACUUUAAUUAAUGUGGCAAAGAAACUGCCAGUCUGGACGCCGUCGGCUGCUGCCAUAUCACCUAUUUCAACAUUAGAUAUAUCACUCAACAACACUGCUACUGGCACUACUUCAGCUGCUACUGCUGCUGCUGUUCCAUUCAAUCCAUCACCAGAACUCAUUCAAGAACUAAAGAAUGCAUUUAGCGAGGUCAACAUUGAAGAUUUAUGUCUAGGGGAGAGAGACUUGCCUCUUAGUAAAUCGUUGAUGUCUCGAAUCAACCAACAGUUGUAUCGGUCUUCGUUUGGCUAUCCUGUCUCUUACUUUCCACUAUUUGAAGAUCGUAGGUUUACAUUGGCCAUAUUUGCAAUGCCUCAGGGGUCGACCAUUCCCCUUCACAGUCAUCCAGAUAUGAGAGUCUUGAGUAAGAUUCUCUAUGGAUCAAUUGCUUCAGAUAAUUAUGAAUUAUUGGAUGAACCACAAUUACAACCUCAACCUCUACAACAACAACAUCAAAAUCAACAACCUCAACCUUUACAACAACAACAUCAAUCUCAACAACAAAAUGGGAUAAAUAAUGGAAAUAGAAAAAAUAAUAAUAGUACUAGUAGUAGUAAUGGUCAUAGUAAUAAUGGUAGUAAUAAUAAUAAUAGUUUAAAUGGCCUAAGUAAUAAUAUAUUAAACGCAAAAUAUACGGGUCAAACCAUCAUGACAUCGGAAAAUACAAAAUCAUCACUUUCAUCAAAGAGUAUUGUUCAUCAAUUUACUUCACAUAGUAACCAUAGUGCAGUUUUGGAACUAUUGUUUCCUCCCUAUGGUGAUAAAUUAAAUGGUAGACAUUGUUCUUAUUAUAAAAUUAAAAAUCAACAACAACAACAACCAAAUGGUAAUAGUCAUAUACAUAAUCAAAAUAAUCAAAAUAAUAAUAAUAAUAGUAAUAAUAGUAAUGGUAAUAAUAAUAAUAAUAAUAAUAAUAAUAAUAAUAAUAGUAUAAUUCAAUUAAAAGAAUAUGACCCAAAAGAUUUUUAUUGUAUUGAAGAAAGGGACGAUCCAAAAGUUUUAAUAGACCUAUUUCAAUCACUUCACCACUUUUACUCUGACAAUAAUAAUAAUAAAGUCAAUAUGUUGUUGUCAGAUCAUCCACAUUGUUUAUUUGAUUCAAACCCCAAUGAUGAUACUAUGUCUAAAGUUACAGUCACAAAAUCACCAACAUUGUAUUCAUACUUUAAGGCUGUACGACCAUGGUCACUAAGUAUAUCAUUGUCUUCAUCAAUUUUAGGACCAGCCAUAGCUUACCGUGAAACUGGUCAUUUCAAUGUAUGGGUAUUCCUUUUUGUCACUGGUUUCUCCAUGACUUUACAAAUCAUUUGUAAUCUAUUCAACAGUUUCAAUGAUUAUAUAAAACAAGUGGACAAGCAUGACCAUUCUCAUGACAGAACCAUGUUUGACUAUGGACUGACAAUCAAUCACAUUAUUGGUCUCAUUGGUUUUUUCAUUCUAGUAUCAGCCUUUUCAAUGAUUGGUAUCAUUUUUGGUAUUCGUGAUACAGUCUUUUUAAGAAACUAUAUUUUCCCAUUGGCCAUUGGAUAUUAUUUUUUUGCCAUUUAUUAUACUUCUGAUCCAUUCAAGUUCAAGUAUAAUGCUCUUGGAGAUGCUACUAUUUUUUUUUCAUAUAUUUUGGGAAUGACUCCUCUUUCAUUUGUUACUCAGGCACUCUACUUUGAUUGGAUUGUUUGCUACUAUUCAAUUCCAUCAGCUCUUUUAUUUACUGCAGUUGUCCACAUUAAUAAUAGUCGUGAUUCAAUUACCGAUGGAGAGUCUGGUGUCAAAACAUUGGCCAAUUUUAUAGGGCCAGAGAAUAGUUUCUUUUUACUUGUUGCUUUUUAUUGCAUGGCAUGUAUUAUUUUGUCAGUGAUUGCCAUUGAAUUGGAUUCAUUGUUGGUUCUAUUACCUUUAAUUACAUUACCAAAGGGAUACUUUAUUUGCAAGAAACUAUUUCAAAAAAGAUGGCAAUCUUUGGAUUCUGAAGGGGCCGAUUUAGGAUUUCUAUUUUCCAUGAUACAAAGUCUUAAGUGGUGUUCAACCAGUCAGGCUGAAUCAUAA